GUUUCUUGUUGUUAAAGUAAUAUUAUGUGUAGUUCAUAAGAUAUACUUCGUUCCAUUUUCAGACACCACACUUGUAGUUUUGUAUGUCACCAUAGGUGAAUAUUUUAGAAUUAAAAACAAACAUGGCACCUAUUGUUCUGGCAUACUGGAAAAUCAGAGGGCUUGCUCAACCUGCUCGCUUGUUGCUUGGAUACACAAAAACUGAUUUUGAAGACAGGGUAUAUGAGAUUGGUGAUGGUCCAACGUAUGAUCGUUCAUGUUGGCUCGAUGUGAAAAACACUUUAGGACUGGAUUUUCCCAAUAUACCAUACUUAAUUGAUGGUGAUAUUAAAAUAACUCAAAGUAACGCUGUGAUGCGUUACUUAGGACGCAAGAAUAAACUGGAUGGUGAAACAGAAAUAGAAAAGGUUCGGGUUGAUAUAAUGGAGAAUCAGGCGAUGGACUUUCGAAAUGGUUUUGUAACGAUGGCUUAUUUUGCUGCAACAGCUGAAGAGUUUGAGCAAAAAAAGCAAGCCUACUUGGAAAAGAUUGGUGAUUUGCUGAAGAAAUUUGAUAAUUUUAUAAAUGGACGAAAAUAUUUUGCCAGUAAUAAGCUUACAUAUGUUGACUUUAUCAUGUACGAACUAUUGGACCAGCAUCGAUUAUUUAAGACCGAUAUUUUACAACCCUAUGAAAACUUGAAGGCUUUUAUGAAAAGUUUCGAGGAAAUCCCAGAGAUAGCCGAAUUUAUGAAAUCAGAUAAAUGUUUUAAAGGACCCAUCAACAACAAAAUGGCGUGGUUUAAAUAAAUUUUUUAAAAUAUAUUUAGUUCAGUUCUGCAGUAGCUAGAUAUUAUGCUUGCGAUUCUAACGAAGUAUUGAAAUAAAUAUGAAUGAAAAUCAGUAGAUAACAAA